GGGGUGUCGAGGCACGCGGGUAGUUGGCAAAUGUUGUAGUGAGAUGGAAACUGCAUAUUGUGGGUGAAACUUGAGGAUCUUUUGGAUAUUGAGGAGAACUGGCGAUUUACAGCCUCCGGUCCACCCCCAGAGAUGAGCAUUUCGUGGUAGAUCCGGGCGAACAGCUGAAAAGAGAACCCGAAAAAAAAAUAUCACAGUGAAGGUGGGAAUGACACGAGCCCUAAAAGCGAGGAAUCUCCACCAGAACUGAGCCCAAGGGUUUGGUACCACUGGAGGUGCACAAAAAUCGUCGAAAACCCCUUAAAAAAAAUAAAUCAUCAAUACACCCCGGGAACAAGUCGUAAAAAUCCAUCGUAAUAGCAUCCGAGACAGUUUGUAUGGCGGAAAACCGUGAAAACUCAAUCGGCGAAAGAAUUUCUUGGAGUCUGGAGUGUCACGCGAUCGAGGAAAAUCGACGGAUGGCACGAGAGGAAAAAAUCGUCGGAGUCACUCCGAUGAUAUUCCAAUAUUCCUUGACACCUCUGUCAUAAUACACCCAAACAAUUCCCUUUUGGACUGAGAGAAAGCAAUUUCCUUGGAUUCAGCGAGAGGGAGAGUAAUCGUGAAGAAUAAGAAGAGAGAAAAAAAUGUUAAGAGACUGAAAAAUAGAAGAAAAUCGAGAGGAAAAACUGGUUUCGUUACGAGGGAAUCGGUUAGAAGCCAAAUGCCUCUCGUAGAUGCCUGAAUACCCAGGAAAUCCGUGGUCUUUCCUCCUCCAUCUCCGGCUACCGGUGCUAUCCUCGAUCGAGCCCAUAUCCACCCAAGACCUCCCUUGGAACUGAAAUUCACCCCCCGUGAUCCCUCGCUCUCAGCAAAAAUAAUCUCGGGAAAUCGCAAAGAAAAAGCGAUUUCUCCCGCCCGAUAAAAGUGGAAAUUUUUUUUUCUCGUCAUUUGCGGUCCGUCUCGACAUCGCACGUCUGACGUAAUUCGCCGAGAUGACUCACGUGAUCGCACUGACUCCAUAAACCGGAGAUAUCACCAACAAAUCGGGGUAUUACCGAUUUUUAGGGAUGAAAAUCGCUCCCUGCAAUUGGCGCGCUGCAUUCGAGCCCAACGAUUGGAAUUUAAUCGAUCAGAUUUUUGAUUUCCAACCGCUCUGAUGCCGCCCAAAUUUUCCUGGAGCAAGAGAAGAACGUGAGAGUACGAGAAAAGUCCCCCACCCAUUUCAACGACGGCUGAACGUCGGCCCACCCUUGGCAGCAGCCGAUGCAGAUUGAAAAUUCUGAGUGUUUCAGUGAUUUUGGGCGACUCAUCGAUCUAUUUAAUUAGCGAUUAAUUGAAUCGUAUAGUCAGUCCAUGGAGCGGUGUGGAGGAACACCGCACACUACGGAAGACGCUUCGCCAUUGGUGAUAUAAACAGUGUGACGCACACUCGACCAAACUACUUAACUGUUCAGACGUAUCGCGCGCGAUUCAGUUCAGCCGACGUCGGGCUCGCGGUUACGUCAAUUUUUUUUUUCUAUUCAGUGGUGUAAGUAUCGUCCAGCGCGAUACGUUCAAUAGUGUUGAGCCACGUGCGACUCUCGAUUUUACCCGAUUUUUUACUUUAAUUUUUAUCAUUUCGGUGAUUUAUUUCUUUUGAAAUAGAAAAUUUGAGUUAUAUAAGUGCGCGGGGGGGGGAGGGGGUCCUUAUCUCACGACUGGUGCAGCUAAAUAAACGUUUCUGUUACCAACGAAAUUUAUCAUCUAUUUUGUAUUCAUUUCUUAUCGCUGAAUGCGAAACGUCGAGGGAGUUGUCGGUGUUAUUUUAUUCUUUUAUUUAACGGUUAACAGGUUUCAAUUCAUGAUUUUCAUGAUUGACAGUCUGAGAAUAAGUGAGUGGACGUGAGAUAUAAGUUACGGGACAAGUGGUGUUAAGAGUGAAAUUUCAUCGCGUUUGGGGCCCUAUCAUGAGGACCGAUAAAUGGAUUUUGCCGCUGGCCCUUCUAGUUAUUAACAUGGAGGGCUGGGCCAUUGCUUAUUCGAGUCAAUGGGUUGCCCACAUCGAUGGAGGACAUCAGGUAGCUGAACAGGUAGCUGAGGAUCAUGGAUUUCGAUAUCUUGGAAAGAUAUUCGAUGAUUGCUACCAUUUCGAGCAUCGAUCGGUGGCCAAGAGGUCGAUUCAACCGCACAUCGAGGUGCAUGAUCGACUCAUUAAAGAUAAGAGGGUUCGUCGAGCUGAACAGCAACGAAUCAAGAUCCGGACUAAAAGGGAUUUAAUUAAUAAACGUGGUCCUGCGAACAUGCAAACAGUACUCAACGACGACAGAUGGCCGCAAAUGUGGUACUUGAAUCGUGGCCAUGGGCUUGACAUGAAUGUCCAAGGCGCAUGGGCAGAAGGAAUCACUGGUGAUGGUGUGGUUGUGACAAUCUUGGACGAUGGCCUGGAAAAAGAUCACCCGGAUCUGUACAAAAAUUACGAUCCAGAGGCGAGUUACGAUGUGAAUAACCACGAUGGUGACCCGAUGCCACGCUAUGACCUGAUAGACAGCAAUCGUCAUGGCACCAGAUGCGCGGGUGAAGUAGCAGCCACCGCAAACAAUUCAAUUUGUGCUGUUGGUGUCGCAUAUGGAGCCGGAGUUGGAGGAGUGAGGAUGCUGGACGGAGACGUAACAGAUGCCGUUGAAGCCAGAUCGUUGAGUCACAAUUCUCACUACGUAGAUAUAUACAGUGCCUCCUGGGGUCCUGACGACGAUGGUAAAACCGUUGAUGGCCCCGGUGAGCUGGCUACCCGGGCAUUCACGGAAGGAGUUGCCAAGGGACGCCACGGUAAAGGAUCAAUAUUUGUCUGGGCAUCAGGUAACGGUGGUAGAGACCAUGACAAUUGCAAUUGUGAUGGUUACACAAAUAGUAUAUGGACACUAUCAAUAAGUAGUGCUACUGAAAAUGGUCUAGUGCCGUGGUACAGUGAGGCAUGUUCGUCAACAUUAGCAACAACGUAUAGUUCUGGAUCAACUGGUGAGAGACAGGUUGUCACAACUGAUCUACAUCAUCACUGUACUAGUAGUCACACAGGAACUUCAGCAUCAGCUCCACUAGCCGCUGGUAUUUGUGCACUAGCCCUCGAGGCUAAUAAAGAGCUUACAUGGCGUGACAUGCAACACAUUGUUGUUAGAACCGCAAAACCAGCAAACUUGAAGGCACCAGAUUGGGUUACCAAUGGUGUUGGACGAAAUGUCAGUCACAGUUUUGGCUAUGGUUUAAUGGAUGCCACUGCAAUGGUGCGACUUGCCAAAAAAUGGCGGACUGUACCCGAGCAACAUCACUGCGAAGUGUCAGCCCCUCACAUGAACAGACCCAUUCCAUCCAGGAGUCAACUUGUACUGGAACUCCACGUGAAGGAGUGCACUGGAGUAAAUUUCCUGGAGCAUGUGCAAGCGAAAAUAUCGCUGUCCUCGAAUAGACGUGGAGAUCUUCAAAUUACCCUGACGUCACCUCAGGGCACUAAAAGUACGUUACUGGCAAAGCGACUGCAUGAUGUUUCUAAGACUGGCUUCCAACAGUGGCCAUUCAUGUCAGUGCAUACUUGGGGAGAACGACCGCAUGGGACAUGGAAGUUGGAAAUUCAUAAUGAGGGGAGAUAUCUUGGUCGUGCUACCCUCCACGAAUGGGCCCUGAUGUUCUACGGUACAGCAACAGUCCCCAAUCGUUCCGAAUACACAUUAUACAGUCCAGCAAGUGCAAAUCCUCCAAAAAAGCCAUUCAUCAAGUUGCGCGAAUCGAAUUAUUCAAAAAAUGCACUCAAUCCAUUUGCCACAAAAGGAAAGCAAAAUAAAUCAGUUAAGCCAGCAAGUGGUAUGAGUCAACCAUACGUGACGGGUGUACAAAAUUCAUCGGCAAAAAAAAGUAAAGCAAGGGGUCAGCACAAGAAUGGCAAAUCGGCAAAUAGACCAACAGCACGUCCAACUGUCCAGACCCUGCGAGGAUUGAGUGCUGGACGUGUAUCCGGUAUCACGUUGAAACCAAGGGGCCGUACAACAACCAGACCAAUUCUUGAAACUACCCUUAGACCUACAACAACAAGAACAGUGACUAAAGCACCGAAACAACGGAUUAUCGAUAAUGAAACGGUAUCACCGAUGCAACGAGGACUUAUUCUCAUGGAGCCACCGUCCAAAGCAUCAACGAACAAAGUACCUGUUGUUUUUCAACAAUAUCCGAAAAUCCAACAGCUGUAUCCCCUCUAUCCCAUUUAUGCUGGUGCCAGAGGUGCCGAUUUACCCCCCACAAGGGCCAAGGGUCUCGAUCUCCUUCAGGAUCAGCAGUUUGACACCAGAAAUCUGCAGAUCGCUGACAAGGGUGAACUGAGGGACUGGCAGCUAAUAUUCUACGGUACCGAGACAUCAAUUGAAUUUGAUGAUGAAUUGGACAAGGACAAGCCAGGACCAGCUGUCCAUACCGAUGUCAAUCAGGACAAUUCAGCUGGUGAUCGUCAAAAUGUCGUUGAUACUGAGGGUGAUCCAUGGACUGGUAGACAACAGGUGGAUGUUAUAUCACAUCCAGAAAUUCAGAAGCCACCGACGGAGAAUGAUACGAGCGCUUCGUGUAGAAAUUUUGAUUCUCACGGGUGCCUAGCAUGUGAAAAUGGAUUUUACCUACAUCAGAGCAAGUGCCUAGUCCAGUGUCCUUGGGGCACGUACAGUAUUCACAGUCAAGAGAAGAAUGUUUGCGCCAUAUGUCAUUACUCAUGUAUGACUUGCUACGGGCCAUCAGACAUCGAGUGUACAUCCUGUCAUGGCGAUUCAGCUCUUGUGUCAGUAAAUUUGAAGGAUUACCAAUGUAUAGUAAAAUCGUUGGAAUGGACUAUUCACUCAACGAAAUGGUUCUACUUUACGUGUAUCCUCCUUGGUCUCGUUGUCAUCAUCGUCGCGAUUAUCGGAAUCUACAUGUACACAGUGUUUCCCAGGAAGAAUAGGUCCGAGGGAUACGAAAAAUUGUCAUUAGUGGGUAAUGAUGAGCAUAAACUGGACAAAUUUGGACUCCAACGAAAGAUCUGUGUCUCUGAUAGUGAUUAAUUUGUUGAUUUUCCAGUGGAUACUUCCAGAUGACUAAAACUAAUUUCCAAUUUAUAAUCCAAUUAUUGUGAUUGUAAUGGAUAUUUGCUAAUUCAGAGGAGACGAGUGUCUCUGAGUACUGCCAAAUAGAUAUUGAUGUUCUGCUAUUAUUCAAUAAGUCAACUAGUCUUUAUUGGGUGACGAACAGUUCAAUAGAAAAUUUAAAUCGUUUUUUGAUUGGGAAUUAUUGAACGGGUGAAUAAAAUUUUGUUAUUUCCAUCGAAUAUUGAAAUAUUUCCCCAGAACUGAUGAUUAGUACGUCACUAGUGAAUUUAAAUAGGUAUUUAAUAAUCUGAAGCUGUUGACUGAUGAAUAUUAAUGACAUUUGUCUGGAAUACUUCCCCACAAAUUAUUAUCACGUCUUAUUAAAUGGUCAACAUUUUUUACAUCACAAUAUAUCCUCUACUGUUUCUUUCGUAAAGAGCGAGAGUGAUGUUUAUGGAAUAAGCUAAAGAUAGACUCGUUGAUUAGAUGAUCAACCGCUUGAUUGCAUAAUCAAGAGAACAAGAACAAAAUAUUCGGUCUGACUUAAAACGUCUUAUUCCACUGGCAACACCCCUCCCCGCGGUCCUCAUUCCGCUGAACGACGAAGUAUUCCACAAACACAACAUAGAAUACCAAAAAAUCACGUAGCUCCAUUGGACGAGCCCACCCCCACCCCUGCAGUUACAUUUUUUUU